AAAAAUGUCAUUACCACCACAUAUAUAGAUCAUUGCAGUUUUCAUAGCAGUAGCAUUUUGUGACUGUGUCCUUGCAUCCAUUUCAAAAUCUUGGAGCAGAAACAGUCUUCCACUUCUAUCUUAUCUUUUUUCAUUCGGCCUAACAGAUCAGAUACUCGACUCCAUGUGCUAUUGUCACUCAAACUGAGGCUACGUCAACAGGCAGAAAGCGUGCCAAAAUGGCAGAGAGGGUGUGCGAAGCUCCUGGGUGCCAAAAAGUUGCCAAACUGCAGUGCCCAACAUGCAUUAAACUUGGCAUUGUCGAGGGCAGCUUCUUCUGUCAACAGGAAUGUUUUAAAAGCAACUGGAAAUCUCACAAAAGUAUUCACAAGAAAGCUGAACCUGCAGCGCAAAAUGGUGUUGUUCAGGAAGAUGAUAAAUCAACUGAGAAGUAUAAUCCCUACCCAGGAUACAUUUAUACAGGAAAACUGAGGCCCUUUCCUAAGUCAGCAAAGCGAACAGUCCCAAGUCAUAUUCAGAAACCAGACUAUGCAGAUGAUCCAGAAGGCUACCCAGCGAGUGAAAUGUCAGUUAAAAGAAGCACAUCAAUCCAGGUCUUAAGCCCGGAAGAUUUGAAGUCAAUGAAGGAGGUUUGCAAGUUGGCUCGUGAAGUUCUUGAUAUUGCUGCCAAAGCAGUGAGGGUUGGCAUAACAACUGAUGAGAUUGACAGAAUUGUCCACGAGGCCACAAUCGAGAGAAAUUGUUAUCCGUCACCACUUAAUUACAGCAGAUUUCCAAAAAGUUGCUGCACGUCGGUCAAUGAAGUUAUUUGCCACGGUAUUCCCGACAAAAGACCCUUAGAAAAUGGAGACAUAGUAAAUUUGGAUAUUACGUGCUUCUACAAUGGUUUCCAUGGUGAUCUCAAUGAAACGCUUUUUGUUGGAGAUGUCGACGAGGCUAGUAAACUCUUGGUGAAAACUGCUUACGAAUGCAUGAUGGCGGCCAUAAAUGAAAUCAAGCCUGGGGUUCGUUAUCGGGAGCUUGGCAACUACAUUCAAAAACACGCCCAUGCCAACGGGUGUGCAGUCACAAAGACUUAUUGUGGUCAUGGCAUCCACAGGUUGUUCCACACUGCACCAAACAUACCACAUUAUGCAAAGAAUAAAGCCGUUGGUAUUAUGAAACCAGGUCACGUGUUUACUGUGGAGCCAAUGAUAAAUCAGGGUACAUGGAGAGACUCCCUAUGGGACGAUAACUGGACAGCUGUAACACAGGACGGUAAAAGAUCGGCUCAGUUCGAGCAAACGCUAUUAGUCACAGAAACUGGUGUUGAAAUUCUGACGCAACGACUUGACAAUAAUGGACGUCCACAUUUUAUGGAUCAGCUAGAGGCCAUGGGAGAGUUGUAAGUUGGGUGUGGCACCGAGGCUACUAGUUAUUGUUACUGGUCAUCUACAAGAAGAACCAUACUAACAUCAUCAUAUACAUAUCGUGUUUUGCCGCCCGUAUUCAUUCGAUAAAGGACUGAAAGAUGUGAUAGUUUGACGUCGAAAGAGUCUUUGUCUAUUGCAGAGCAAUACAAGAUGGUUGCCAACUGACUAAAGGACUUUAGGCGAAAAAAAACUAUUGUUUGUUGAUUGUGUCUGAUUUUUUUAUAAAUGUUGUCUUUGUAACCGACUUGCACGUAAAAUCAGGUCUGGCUAGUUCA